AUGCAGGGAGAAAGAGGCUUGCCUGGACUACAGGGUGUGAUUGGGUUUCCUGGAAUGCAAGGACCUGAAGGUCCUCCUGGGCCACCAGGGCUUAAGGGUGAUACUGGAGAACCAGGACUGCCAGGAACGAAGGGAACAAGAGGUGAAAGAGGUCCAGUAGGUCCCCCAGGUUUACCAGGACUGACUGGGAGCAUAGGAGACCCAGGUGAAGUGAUUGGUCUUUUACCUCCUAGUGUGCUAAAAGGUGAUAAAGGCUUUCCUGGCCAACCUGGACUACCUGGUCCACCUGGAACACAAGGGUUUCAGGGACCAAUGGGGCCACAAGGACCUCCAGGAGAGCCAGGUCCCCCAGGGCCACCAGGACUCCCAGGCGACAAGGGCUACAUGGGCUUGGGCUUUCAGGGUCCCAAAGGUGAAAAGGGAGAACAAGGAGUAAGGGGCCCCCCAGGCCCCCCAGGCCCAGCACCACAUGUGAAAGAAAAAGGGAGUGAAAUCAUAAGGGGAGAAAAGGGAAAACCUGGAAAAGAUGGUGAACCAGGACUAAAAGGAGAACCCGGUUUGCCUGGUGGGUUUGGGAUUCCAGGACGACCUGGGGAGCCUGGUGUGAAGGUUAUAGAUCCUGGACCAGUAGAUAGCUUUGGUGAAAAAGGAGAGCCUGGAGUUUCAGGUUUGCCUGGACUGAAGGGUCAAAAAGGUGAAAAAGGUCGACCGCUUCCAGACAGAAUAGGAUCACCUGGUGUCCCUGGAGAGAGAGGUGAAAAAGGUGAAAAGGGUUCUCCAGGAUUCCCGUUACCCGGACCUCCUGGAAGAGAUGGUUUCCCGGGUCCCCCGGGGUUGCCUGGCCCACCAGGUCCUCCAGGCAAAACAGAUGGAAUUGAUCAAUGCCAGCAGGGAGAACCUGGUGCACCAGGUAGUCCUGGACCUCCAGGAAGAGAUGGAUUUCCAGGAGAGAUGGGAGAGAAAGGUGACAAAGGUGAAUCCUGUGCCUUGUGUGAUAAAGUAGGACCUCCUGGACUUCCAGGACCACAAGGGCCGCCAGGUCCAGCAGGUUUUCCAGGCCAGUCAGGUUUCAAGGGUGACAGAGGCUUACCUGGACUUGAUGGCCUUCCAGGGGUACCUGGGCCCCCCGGCACUCCAGGACUUAUGGGCAGCCCUGGGGCAAAAGGAGAACCAGGAGAUUUUUCUUAUGAUUCUAUCCUGAAAGGUGAAAAGGGAGAUCCUGGUUUCCCAGGACAACCGGGUACUCCUGGAAGAGAAGGGAGACCCGGAAAAGAUGGAUUGCCAGGUCCCCAGGGUCCGAAAGGAGCAUCGGGUACAGCUGGCUUGAAAGGAGAACGUGGUCCCCCUGGCCAACCUGGAUUCCCUGGAGUACGUGGUGAAAGAGGUUUUCCUGGCCCUCCUGGGAUAGGCACUGCAGGUUUACCUGGUGACAAAGGAGACAGAGGCUUUGCUGGAACCCCAGGUUUACCAGGCCUUCCAGGAGCGAAGGGCGAAGCAGGGCGAACCGUACCACUCCCCGGACCUCCUGGGGCGGAUGGCCUUCCUGGGCCACCUGGUUUCCCUGGACCCCAAGGUGACAAAGGGAAUCCUGGGCUUCCAGGUAGACCGGGCCUGCCAGGAGAGAAAGGUGCUGUUGGGCAGCCAGGUAUAGGGUUCCCUGGACCUCCAGGACCCAAAGGUUUCCAAGGUCAGCCUGGCUCGCCUGGUCUGCCAGGGACUCCGGGAACUCCUGGUCUGGAUGGUUUGCCAGGUGUACCAGGUUUACAAGGUCAAAAAGGUGAACCUGGUGUAGGUCUCCCUGGCCCUAAGGGAUUGCCAGGCCCCCCGGGCCCAGCUGGCAUCCCUGGAGAGAAGGGAAAUCCAGGACUGCCUGGCUUACGUGGCGAGCAGGGCUUUCCGGGCAUACCUGGACAGCAAGGAUUCAGAGGCGACCCCGGCCUCCCAGGACUGCAAGGCUUGCAGGGCCCUCCGGGUGCACCAGGGCUGGGCCCACAGGGAUCGCCGGGACCCGCUGGGCAGCCGGGACCCCAGGGACCGCCAGGAUUUCCUGGAAUAAAAGGAGAAAGGGGCUUCCCUGGUGUCCCAGGUCUAGAUAUGCCAGGACCAAAAGGGGAUAAAGGUAGCCAGGGCCAGCCCGGAGUACCAGGCUCUGUGGGGUUACCUGGCUUGCCGGGUCCGCAGGGGGCCGUUGGACUGAAAGGAUCAGCAGGAGCCAAAGGAGAAAUGGGAGUUAUGGGAACUCCUGGAUUGCCAGGAACUCCUGGACCAGUUGGAGAUCGAGGGUUGCCUGGUGAAAAAGGUAGCCAAGGUUUCAAAGGUGUAAUUGGACCACAGGGUGAUCCUGGUGUCAAAGGAGAUAAAGGUGAAGCUGGUCUCCCAGGAAAACCUGGAACGAUGGACAACAUGGACAUGGUUAGUCUCAAAGGCCAAAAGGGAGAUCAAGGAGAAAAAG